CCUCGCUGCUGCGCCAGAUUCUUCCUCCCCAUCUUCUCUUGUGCCCACCCGCAAGCCUAUAAUGACCAUGAGCAACGGCAUGAGACGGAGCGUGCUUGUUAUCGGUACCGGCGGCACCAUCGCAUCCGAGCUCACUGAAAAUGGCCUUGCACCUCUCCGACAAGACUCCUUCUUUCGCCGAAUUCGCCAACACCCCUCCCUCGCAUCGCCCGCCUCACCAUCCCUCUCCUCGUCCUCCGUCUCAACCCCCAACGACCUUUCAUUUCACUCUCCUGUUAUCACCACCAAGGUUGGGAAGAAUACAAAGUACCCAAAGCUGGUCACGCCAGAGAUGGAUGAUGAGGGAAGAGAGGUAGAGUAUGAGAUUUUGGAUCUGGACAGACACAUGGAUAGUAGCGAGAUGACACCUGCCGAGUGGAAUACGAUCGCCGGGCUGGUGUCCGAGAAUUGGAAAGGCUAUGACGGCUUUGUCAUCCUGUCUGGUACCGACACCCUGGCAUACACAGCAGCUAUCCUCUCAUUCCUUUUCGCCAACUCUGGAAAGCCCAUCGUGAUCACUGGUGCUCAGAUCCCUCUCUCCCGGCCCCGGUCAGACGGCUGGACCAACAUUCUCGAUUCGUUGUUCGUGGCGGGCGUUCUGCCGUAUGCCGGGGUAGGAAUCGUGUUCAACCACCAGGUGUUUCGUGGCACUCGGGCGACAAAGACAAGUCCCAACUUGUUUGCCGCAUUCACUUCCCCAUGCGUCCCUGCCAUCAUCAACCUCAACGUCAAAAUCACCCGCGACGCAUCCCCCCUCCCACCCCGCUCCCUCACCCCUCCCGCUUCCCUCAUCUCCCUCAAAACAGACCCCACCGUCCUCUCCAUCCACAUCUACCCCGGUCUCUCCGGCUCCCUCCUCUCCGCCCAGAUCGCCGCCGUCCCCACAUGCCGCGCCGUUAUCCUCUCCGCCUACGGUUCUGGCAACUUGCCCCUCGACCCGAGUAAUGGGGUGAUUGAAGCUUUGAAGGAGAUGGUGGAGAGGGAGAUUAUGGUGGUGGUUCUUUCGCAGUGUGCGGUGCCGAAUGUUUAUCCGCUUUAUACGCAGGGGAGGAUGUUGUUGGAUCUUGGUACGUCCUCCGCGUAUCUUUGACAUUUUAGGCAUCGCGCUGAUGUGAAGCAGGCGUACUGCCGGGAUACGACCUCACACACGAAGCGGCUUUCGCCAAACUUUUAUGGCUCGUUUCCGAUGAAUCCCUUCCCUUCAAGGAGAAACAACAGCGGUUUGAAGAGGAUUGUGCCGGGGAAAUGUCCGUUUGAAGCUGGUAGCAGAGUCGCGAAAAGCAUUAUCAGGCGCUUACUUGGAAAAAGGACGAGGGCGCUUGCAACAAGAGCUGUCAUGUAGAUGUAAUGUUACUUAAAAAAUACAUGCCGAUAUAUAUAUGAUUCAAGGGUAUUCCCGCGCAUGUGACUUCAAUCUACA